CAGGAAUUAUAACAAACAUGAGCAUGGAACCCAACUUGCGUGUAUCUCAGAAACCUAGCCAGCAUGAAUGGGUGAUAACUUUGUGUCCACCAUCUCCUUUGCGUGUUGUUUCUCUCCUCCAUGAUGCGCACAGAACUCACUUUUCAAUCACUGAGGUUGCCCAAAUUGAUAAUCACCGCUGUAUACAUAAGUCCUGUGCACCAGAAAAUAACCAAGAGUGGAUUAGUUCUGAUAUUGAGUCUCUAGCACCUGUUGACCAUCAUCCCUUAGAAUAUAAAAUUACUGUUUCAUUUAAAACUGUAAUCUAUGGUACCUUUAGACAGGCAGUGAUUUUUGAUAGUGGAACAGAGCCUGUACUUUUGCAGAGGUUAUGUGUAGAUGUGAUUCCUGUUGAAGAUCUGAAUACACUAGAGGAAACAAAAAAUACAAUUCUCACUAGGAGUGAGAGGUGGUGUGAGGAAAAUGUGAAAAUUGUAACAUAUGAGCCCAAACCCCACGAAUUGAGUGGUCAUGAUAAAAACAUUUUAUCUUCUUAUCCAGCCCCAACUAAUCAGAAUUUUGUGUUGACUCAAACAACCAUGGAGAAAAUACCUACCAGAAACAACUACAAAACUAGAUUACAUGAUCUUCUUCAUAUUGAAGAAUUAGCGCAAUUUGACUUGAUGUCAAGGUUUAAUAUUAAGACAACUUUACAGAUAACUAACAGCUAUCUUCUCUUGCCCUCUGCAGCAGCAACAGCUAAGUAUUCACGCCCAGGAGAACUCUUUGGGAAGUUGGAGCUCUCCUCAGAAAUCUCAGAGGAUUCUCUGCAUGGAAGGUUAGUCUUAUCAAAUUGUAACACAAUCCUUGUAGCGCCAAUAUCAGAGACUCCAGAAAAUGGCGUUGCAGAAAGUAACACCGAAAUCAAAAAGCCUAUGCGCCAAGUUUAUGAAGUGCUUAUAGAAGACAAAACGAAAAAGGAGAUCUAUUUAAGGUUUUCUGAAACGGCUGUUACCGAGCUUCAGUUGGGGGAUGAUGAGGAAGUCACAGUUGAAGUACAGUUCCAGCUGAAUAGACUUCCACUGUGUGAAAUGCACGCUGCAUUAGAUCGUGUACCAACGAUGGACCUGAUCUUUCCUGAUGUCUCCACUGAGCUCACCAUUCCCUGGAAUACAAAGAAACAGUGGGGUGAUAACAUCAAUAACAAACUCAACCCUAAGCAGCGGGAAGCACUCCUUGCAAUCACCGCUCCAUCUGAUAUAAUUUUACCUCCAAUAUUAAUAAUUGGACCCUAUGGCACUGGAAAAACAUACACGCUAGCACAAGGUAUCAAACAAAUCCUCUUACAACAAGAUACAAGAAUUCUGAUAUGUACCCAUUCCAACAGUGCAGCUGAUUUGUACAUUAAAGAUUAUCUCCACCCUUAUGUUUUAGAAGGACACGAAGAAGCGAGGCCCUUGAGAAUCUAUUAUCGAAAUCGCUGGGUUAACACUGUACCUCAGGAAGUGCAGCAGUAUUGCUUGAUUGAAUUGGAACAAGGGUGUUCAAAGUUCAAGAUGCCGUCUGAAGAAGAGAUCCUUAAGCAUCGAGUGGUUGUUGCUACACUGAAUACCUCGAGGCAAAUUGUUUCAUUAAACUUGGAAAAGGGUGUGUUCACUCAUAUCCUUGUAGACGAAGCAGCUCAGGCCAUGGAAUGUGAAACUCUAACUCCACUGGCAUUGGUGAAACCAGGAACACGUUUAGUUUUGGCUGGAGAUUACAUGCAACUAAGUCCUGAGGUCUACUCACCAUUUUGUGAAGAACGGGGUUUAGGGACCUCACUUUUAGAACGGCUCUACGAUCUGUAUCCAGUAAACUCCCCUUGUAAAAUUAUGUUGGUUGAAAAUUAUCGCUCCCAUUCUGCUAUAACCAAGUAUACGUCGGAUCUGUUUUAUGAGGGACGUUUAAUUGCCAGUGGAAAGCAGGCUGCUCAUCCAAAGUUUUACCCGCUGACUUUCUUUACUGCUAGAGGAGAGGACUUUCAAGAUCCGAAUUCAACUGCCUUCCAUAACAACUCAGAGGUGUAUGAGGUAUGCGAACAGGUUGGAGAAAUUGUCAAACACUGGCCAGUUGAAGAUUGGGGUCCUAUUGCUGAAGGAUCCAUUGGUGUUGUAACACCGUAUGCUGAUCAGAUGAUUCGGAUAAGAGCAGAGUUGAGAAAACGCAAGCACCAUAAGAUCAAUGUAGAAAGAGUGUUAAAUGUACAAGGGAAGCAGUUUAGAGUUAUUAUCUUGUCAACUGUCCGAACGAGACACACUUGCAAGGCAGGUGAUGAUGAAUUAGAUUUUGGCUUUCUAUCAAAUGCUAAGCUGCUCACGACUGCCAUUACUAGAGCACAAAGUUUGGUUGCUGUUGUUGGAGAUCCUGUAUCUCUCUGCUCGAUUGGCAAGUGCAGAAAACUGUGGGAGAAGUUUUUGCAGCUCUGCUCAGAAGCAGGAUCACUUUAUGGGAUCACCUGGUCUGCCCUCCGAGCUCAACUGGAUGGUGUUGAACUCAAGAAGACCUAUGUUCUAAAUCCGUUGGCUCCAGAAUUUAUUCCUCGUUACCUAUAUUUUUCACCCUUACCUUCACUUCCAAUGGUACCAACUAUGCCACCUUAUGUUAACUUUUUCCCACCUUACAGUUCUUACAUGCCUGCGUACCCUAUGCAUUCUGUCAUUGGACAUCAUCCAGUGCCAUACAUGCCUUCAGCCCAUAUACCUCCACAGUGGCCUGCUGUACGAUAUGGCAAGCCACUAAUGAAGCCUCCACCUGGUAGGCCAGCCCAACAGUUAGUUGCAUCCCAUCCUUUACGACCCCCAGUAACCUCAACAAUGGCACCUCCUUACAUUGAAGCAAUUGGUCACGAUUAUCUUCCCGUGCAGCCAGGUUUUUAUUCUAUGUACUAUCCACAUUGCCCUCCUAUCACCCACCCUAUAACGGCAAUUAGACCUCCACCAAAUAUAGAGUCAUAUAAUCGAAGUGCAUACAUUUCAGCCCUCCCUCAAACGUAUCAUGAUAUUAAACAGUUAACCCCACCUGCAAAUUUGUUACAUCCCAUUGGCUUCAAAAGUGCUCAUUAUGGACGGAGUAUGCCACUCCCUGUGCCACAACCAGAUCAUGUUAUACCCCAGAGUGAAGGAGACAAAUCAUACCAGUUCCUUAAUAAUGUACACUUUCCUGAACGUAAUCUUUCAUCCAACCCAUCAGCAGUUUCCCAGUCCAUCCGUUCACGUGCUGACACAGAAUCUCCUCUGUCGACUCAUUCUAGAGAAAGUUCCCAUUCUAGCAACAGUGAUAGUAGAACAUCCUUUAGACCUCAAAUUCAGCCAAUAUCUCGACCACCUCCCGAACCAAAGAUGCAUUCUGGUUUUUCUGCAUCAUUUGUAGCCCAUCAAAAACAACUUGAUGCCCAAGAUCAGCAUCCUGUUCAGAGGAGGCCAAGCUUUCCUACGUAUCGGCAGAAUGGGGAGAUUAUGUCAGAUGAAUCGGCUCUUCCUACUCCAGAUGUAGUUCGUAUCAUAGAUGACAUAAUUAGUGACAGGUCACCUACAAAAACUACAAAUCAGUGGCACUGGGGGGAGUCUGAAGAUGGUUCCAAGUUGGACCCUAUUCAAGACAUUUGUCAGGCACCAAUGGAUUUAUGGUUAGGAGGAAAUCAGCCUAAUAGGAUAAGGCCUUCUCACUCAAAUGUUCAGCAUUCUGCUUCCCCAUCUUGGUUAGGAGCAUCUGCUAAUAUUGGUAAAAUUGUUACAGUGCAAGAAGUGGAAGCUGGUUUAAGGAAGAGGCAAAAAGCUCAUGAACUGAAUAUUGGUAAUUCAUCAAGUCUCACAGCACCCCAAGCAUCUUCUGGGCUACCAGCAACUCACACUUCAACAGGGCAUCCAUAUUUCCAUGGGGACAGUGAAAAUUCCAGAAGAGGUAGAGAAGGUGAGGAAAUAAAAGAUGUGCGAAGUGGAAGAGUGGAUGUUCCUCCUCCACCUGGUUUUAGUGGGCUUAAUAGACUAGUUGACCCACUGACACAGUUAGAACUGAGAGAUGUUGAACCUGUUGGGCACAGAACCCCCAGUAUCCCUUUGUACUUGAGACGUGGAAGUCGUGAAACAUCUUCCAUGCGUGGGUGCAAUUCUCCGCUGAGUACUCAAGGUUCAAGUAGUACUAAUUCUAGUAAUAGUUAUGUUAUUGGAUCUUCCGUGUGGAACAGCAACUCAGCAGAUUUACAUUCCUCUUCAUCGCAAGGAGACUCAAGUUUUAAAGACAUGUCAUUUCUCCAUUCUGGAGGACAUUCAGUUGGGGGACAAAGUCAGUUGACUCAUAAUUCAAAUAACAAGACUUAUGCGGGAGUGUUGAGGUCCUCAUUGCAACAGUCGCCUAUAGACCAAAAUGAGGAGUCUAAUUAUCUUUUAAAAGACUUAACUGAUAAGCGACAUUGUAUGUCAAACCAUCUUUAUCAGUAUUUCCCAUGAUUUAAAUUUUUGUUUAUGUACAGAUCAUAUGAAAUUGAUUAUUUUUCAUCGAUUAUCUGAGUAUUGUCUCGUAGUUUUAUGCCGGAUCAUAUUUUACCUUUAGUGGAGAGAUUUUCAAAGGAAUCUUGAAAUUUAAGGUAAUGCUUCAAUUGAAUUCAACCAAUUGACCACAGAAAUUUAAAAACCUACUUUCCUGCAUUGAAUUAGGCUUACGGAAACUGGAGAUUUUGGUGUUUUCUUCAAUUAUAUAACAAUAAUGGAGGGGGCAUUCUGCACAACCAGUAGAAACAUACAGUCUGUAGAACCAUAAUUAUGGUAAAUACUUUUUUAUAAUUAUAAAAAUAACAUUUUCUGGAUUCUUACCUUUUUUUCAAUCUAUAUUUCAUUUAAGUGGGAACUUACAGGAGAAAACGGGUUACGGGCAAAGUGAACAUAUAACAUCAAAGUAUACAUCAGCCUUAUAAUAAUUUUACUAAAGCAUUUAUGGCUAUCCUGUUUACAAUUUUAAUUUAUUUAUCUUCAGAAAUUAUUGGUUUGCUGAGCCAGAUUAUAGUAGAGCUUAGUUUUGGCAUGUUACAUUAGAAUGUCAGAAAUAUGAGAUUAGAAGUUUGGGUGUAUGUUUUGAAAAGUUGAUGAUGUAACUGUACAUUUAGUUCUAUAAAUAAGAAAAAAAACAGAAACAAAACAUUUGCAUGUGUGGCAGUUUUUCCAUCUACUUGCAUUUUUAUGGUUUAUUAAAUUGUUUACUGAGACCUUAUUUCCCAGUACGUAUAUCCCUCCUUUUCUUGAGAAUUUAACAGUGAUCACCCAUCUUCCAUUGCUUGCUCUCAGUAAGUUCAUAAUUUUUAAAUGUUGUAAGUAUAACAAACGGCAAAAGUAUGCUCUCUCUCUAUUUUGGAUAGCAAGAGUUUUCCUAGGAGUAUUAAAACUGUGGCAAGUUCUCCAGGAAUCCAUUUUUAUUAAAAUUAUAAAUGUUUAAAUAAAAUUUUGUUUAACCCACCAACUUUUUAUCAGACGGUUUUCUCCUGUUGAGUGGUGAUAAUUGUGAAUUUUACAUGAAUGUGUGACCCACCCCUGGUUGAUGAAGCUAAUGCAUUAUUGAUAGAACCUCUAGUAUUAAGUUGAAAAUUUUAUAAUGAAAUUUUUAUAUUAUUUGGUACCAUUGGCAGUUGAAAAGAUUCCUUGGACUGAUUCACACAAAGGUUACGGCACUCUGUAAGAAUGAGGCUUUGUGGUGAUACUCAGAAUUGGCUUCUCUUAUUAAAACUGCAUUUAUUUUUUCUUCAAUCUCUGUACCAGUAUUUCAUUGAAUAUUGUAAAUAAGUUGCAUGUGAAAUUUAUACACUGUAAUUAGUAGCAAUUAAUGUUUGUAUAUUUAGAAGUACAAUUAAUCUUCACUCAGAGUAAUUCACCUUCAUCUAUUUUGUUUAUGAAUAAAUUUAGAAAGGAAAGAAACGGUGCAUAUUUUGUAAAAAAAAAAAUAAAAAAAAAAAGACAUCUUUAAAUGUUGUGUGUAUUGUAAAUAUAAAGUGAAUUAGUAAUGUAAAUAUGUUAAUAGAUGUUUGCAUACAUAUAUUUAUAUGUAAUGUAUAGUGUUUAUAUAUUUUUAUGUGUAUGCAGAUAUUUAAAAUGGGACACACAUACACGUAUUACUUGUACAUGAUAAUUCACUGACGUGACCAGUUGUAUUCUGAGGAAUAUCUAGUUCCGCAGCAAUAUUUCAGCAUGUUAUUUCCUGUUAGUACCGAUUAGCAAAAGAAAUAUUUUACAUACGCAUUUAGGUCAGAGUGUUGGAUUAGUGUUCAGAGGGUAGGGAGUGAUAGUUAAUUGUUGGUUAUAGAAGAACGAAAUAGACAUAGAUUGAUUCUCAGCAUACUGGUAUGUUGACACGUUAUUUUUUAUUGUGUGAUCUCAUUCUGAUUUGUUGGAUCUGAAUUGGAAUUCAAAAUUGCUGGUACAUUUAGGAAAGAGUUAUUGUGUUAAAUAAAAUGUACCUGUAUGUGUGUGUCUGAUUGUGGUUUGGAUGUGGACGUGUGUGUGUGUGUGUGUGGCGCGUGCAUGCAUGUGUAAUUAUACAGUAUAUUCAAGUUAAGUGAUUGUCUAUGAUUAUGAUUGGAGAGUAACGAAGCCCUGUGUGAAAUUUUAAAAAUUAAUGCGGAUUAGAUGUUCAUCGAGGAUGAGGCACUUUUUAUAAAUUUGUUUCGUAUUUUAUCUUUUGACUGUUUUAUGUUCUCGUUAUGUUACGUGUUUUACUGUGUAUUCACCUUCAUCAAUAAAAAAAAUGAAUUUACAAUAAAC